AUGAUCAGCUCCGUGUGCGUUUCGUCCUACCGAGGGCGCAAGUCCGGCAAUAAACCUCCUUCUAAAUCAUGUCUAAAAGAGGAUUUGUCCAGAGGCGAGGACUCGGAUAAGAUCAUCAUCAACGUAGGUGGCACCCGGCACGAGACCUACAAGAGCACGCUCCGCACCUUGCCGGGCACCCGCCUGGCGUGGCUGGCGCACCCGGAGCCGCAGGUGGGCUCCGAAGAGUCGUGCAACUCUCCGACGCCGACACCGACGCCGCCGCCGCCGCCGCCGCCGAGCAGCAGCGCCGGCGGGGAGCUGUUCUUCGACCGUCACCCGGGUAUCUUCGCCUACGUGCUCAACUACUACCGCACUGGCAAGCUGCACUGUCCUGCCGAUGUGUGCGGGCCGCUCUUCGAGGAGGAACUGGCCUUCUGGGGCAUCGACGAAACGGACGUGGAGCCGUGCUGCUGGAUGACUUACCGCCAGCAUCGCGACGCCGAGGAGGCCCUGGAGACCUUCGAACCGCCCGAGCCGGAUGACAACACAGACGACGACGGUGACAUGCCGCGGCGCUUCGGCAUCGAGGAGUGCCCGGGCAGGUCUAGGGGUUGCUGUGAAGUUUGGCAGCCAAAGAUAUGGGCCCUUUUUGACGACCCGUACUCGUCCAGAGCAGCCAGGGGAGUGGCCUUGGCAUCCCUUUUCUUCAUUCUGGUGUCCAUCACCACCUUCUGCCUGGAGACCCACCAAGCAUUCAACGAGCUCCAGAACCGCACAGAGCGCGUGCUUGUGGGCAACGUGACACGGGAAGAGGUGCGUGUGGAGAUGGUGACUAAGCCGAUCCUCACCCUGGUGGAAGGCAUAUGUGUGCUUUGGUUCACUUUUGAGUUCAUGGUGAGGAUUGCAUGCUGCCCAGACAAGCUGCUUUUUAUCAAGAACUCACUGAACAUCAUCGACUUUGUGGCCAUCCUGCCCUUCUAUUUGGAGAUGGGCCUGAGCGGCCUGUCGGCCAAGGCGGCCAAUGACGUCCUAGGUUUCCUACGAGUGGUCCGCUUCGUCCGCAUCCUUCGGAUUUUCAAGCUUACUCGACACUUUGUGGGUCUGCGCGUACUUGGGCACACGCUAAGGGCGAGCGUCAACGAGUUUCUGCUACUCAUCAUCUUCUUGGCUCUGGGAGUUCUUAUAUUCGCCACCAUGAUUUACUACGCCGAACGCAUCGGAGCCAGUCCACAAGAUCCCACCGGUGCCAAACACACACACUUCAAGAACAUCCCCAUCAGCUUCUGGUGGGCUGUUGUCACCAUGACCACACUAGGCUACGGAGACAUGUACCCGCAGACGUGGCUGGGCAUGAUGGUGGGGGCCUUGUGCGCCCUGGCAGGAGUGCUGACAAUCGCCAUGCCUGUGCCGGUUAUCGUCAACAAUUUUGGGAUGUACUACUCACUGGCCAUGGCAAAGCAGAAGCUCCCUAAGAAAAAGAAAAAGCACAACCCCAACCCCGACGCGCAGACCGACUCGGCUUCCUUCGGCAAGUCGGAUAGCAAUUCAUGCAGGGAAAGCACUCAGAGUGACAUGUGUCCACUCGCUGCCGACGACAACCGAACAGACUCCAAGCAGAACGGCGACGCCAACGUGGCCCUUUCUGAGGAGGAAGGCUGCAGCCUGACCCAGCCGCUGUCCCCCAGUGAGAAAUGGUCCCUGCGCUGUCCCCGGGGGAGAGAUCGCACCAAGAAGGAAGCCACCUGUUUCCUGCUAACCCCUGGAGAGCCCAGCGUCCACUAUGAAACUUGUAAAGACAAGAUGGCAGGCCCUGCAACCUAUACGAAAGCAGAUGUCACCUCAAUGACCUGA